GUCGCGUUGCGUUGCCAGUCAGUCAGUGUCCGGAUGUGGCACAAGCCGCUCGUAUCGAACGUCACUCCACACUCGAACCUCUUUGUGACGUGAUCCAAUCCGUUUAUUUCCAUUGUACGCACAAUGGCAGUGGACAAAGAUGUGAACCUUGCGGAGUCCGCAGACUUAAAGCCCAUAAUGUCCGACAGGAGCGGCGCCCACAAGGUGACCAUUGCCCCUGCGCAACACAAGACCCUGACGCACUUGCCCAAGAGACCACCGGUGGAUUUGGCAUUCACCGAUCUCACCUACAAAGUACAAGAAGGAAGAAAAAGUAAUGUGAAGACAAUUCUGAAGUCAGUCUCCGGGCGCCUGCGCUCCGGCGAGCUGACCGCCAUCAUGGGACCCUCGGGCGCUGGUAAAUCCACGCUGCUCAACAUACUCACUGGCUACAAGACCUCGGGAAUGGAAGGCAGCAUAACCGUGAACGGCAUGGAGAGGAACCUAUCCAGUUUCCGCAAGCUGUCCUGCUACAUCAUGCAGGACAACCAGCUUCACGGGAACCUCACGGUGGAGGAAGCUAUGAGCGUGGCCACGGCGCUCAAGCUGCCCACGGCCAGUGGACGAGCUCAUAAGGAAGAAGUGAUACAAGAAAUCCUCGAGACGCUUGGCCUAUCAGAACACCACAAGACCAUGACAUCGAACCUCUCCGGGGGGCAGAAGAAGCGUCUCUCCAUAGCCCUGGAGCUCGUCAACAACCCGCCCAUCAUGUUCUUCGACGAACCCACAUCGGGGCUGGACAGCUCCUCGUGUUUUCAAUGUAUAUCAUUGCUGAAAACCUUGGCGAGCGGGGGAAGGACCAUAAUAUGUACUAUACACCAACCGUCCGCUAGAUUGUUCGAGAUGUUUGAUCAUUUGUACACGUUGGCGGAUGGACAGUGUGUGUAUCAAGGCAGCACUGGACGAUUGGUGGAAUGGCUUGGCAGUCUCAAUCUGCCUUGUCCAUCAUACCACAACCCGGCUUCCUUCAUCAUCGAGGUAUCUUGCGGGGAGUACGGUGACAACACAGGGAAACUGGUUCGAGCCAUUGACAAUGGGAAGAAUGACAUCAGAAACGGCCUUCCUUUCCCAGAAAACAAUUACAAUAACAAAAAAGACAUGGACGCCUCGCUGCCAGAACGGAACAAGAACGAUCUCUCGCAAGUGCAGGAGAAAUUUAGCAACCUCCAGAACGGUAUAAUGCAGUAUGCCGCCAGCGAGGUCGCUAAGGGAAAAGGCGAGCCGCUGGUGGUCCAAAUGGAGUUGGAGAAGGCUGACAACGCGGAAGUAGCUCUUCUCGGGGAACAGAGUCCAAAACGAUACGCCACGUCGGAGUUCAAGCAGUUCUGGGUCGUUCUGAAGAGGACGCUGCUGUUCAGCAGGAGGGACUGGACCCUCAUGUACCUCCGUUUGUUCGCUCACAUCCUGGUGGGGUUCCUCAUCGGCGCUCUAUACUAUGACAUCGGCAACGACGGCUCCAAAGUUCUCUCCAACCUCGGCUUUUUGUUCUUCAACAUGCUGUUCCUCAUGUACACCUCUAUGACCAUCACAAUUCUUAGCUUCCCCCUGGAGAUGCCGGUGCUGAUAAAGGAGCACUUCAACCGCUGGUACUCGCUCAGGUCCUAUUAUCUCGCCAUCACCGUCUCCGAUAUACCAUUCCAGGCUAUAUUCUGCGUGAUCUACGUGGUGAUAGUGUACCUGCUGACCUCUCAGCCGGCCGAGUGGUUCCGCUUCUCGCUGUUCCUGAGCUCGUGCCUGCUCAUCUCGUUCGUGGCGCAGAGCGUGGGGCUCGUCGUCGGCGCCGCCAUGAAUGUUCAGAACGGCGUGUUCCUGGCGCCGGUGAUGUCGGUGCCGUUCCUGCUGUUCAGCGGGUUCUUCGUGUCGUUCAACGCCAUCCCGCGCUACCUGCGCUGGAUCACCUACCUGUCCUACAUCCGCUACGGCUUCGAGGGCACCGCGCUCGCCACCUACAGCUUCGACCGGCCCAAGCUCAGGUGUCAUCAGACGUACUGCCACUUCAAAAACCCGAGCACGACCCUGGAAGAGCUGGACAUGUUGGACGCGGACAUCACCCUGGACAUCGCGGCGCUGUGCCUCAUAUUCGUCGUUCUGAGAAUUUCCGCAUUCCUCUUCCUACGCUGGAAACUCAAGUCUACUAGAUAAGUGGUCUGUGUACGCGUGAGAAAGGGGAAUGUGAAUGUAUAAAGUAAUGUUUAUAACGUGGAUUCUGAAGAUAAAUAGCCAAACAAUUAGGUACAGUUGAAAA